GAUUGAUUAGUAUGACGGUUAUAGAAUCGCUUGUCUAAGUCGCAUUGGAGUCAGUGGGAGACAGACGCUUGACAUCAUGAGCCGUAAAUCGUCUAUCUCCUCAAAGGAGGAUGUUCCAGUUGUUCCAGAAAUCCAGGAUGCGCCAUCCACCCAGGAUGCUCCAGCAACCCAAGAUGCGCCAGCAACUCUAGAUGCGCCAGCAACCCAGGAUGCGCCAGUAACCCAGGAUGCGCCAUCAACCGAAAAAGCUGCUCCUCCACCUUAUGAAGAACCCAAGAAAGAAUUGCCACCAACUGAACUUACUCAUGUAGUUGAGAAACCGUCGCUGGACCUUGAACAACCCGAUAAGAAUGUGAAAUUGAAGUACCCCAAAUCGGUGUUUUUCAUCAUCGUCAACGAAUUUUGUGAAAGAUUCAAUUACUAUGGCAUGAAAACCGUCUUGACGCUCUACAUGAGGAAUGUUCUCAAUUUCUCUGAAGACAAAGCCACCGUCCUGUAUCACACUUUCCUUAUGCUUUGCUACUUUACACCUAUCCCGGGCGCAAUCGUGGCCGACACUUACCUUGGCAAAUUCAAAACAAUCGCAAUCCUAUCGUGCGUGUACGCCUUCGGAAGCGUCUUGCUCGCCGUUGCGGCUAUUCCAAAUUUCCUUCCGCAAACUGGGUUCUCCAUGACGGGCUUACUCAUUAUUGCAAUCGGGACUGGCGGGAUCAAACCUUGCGUGUCGGCCUUUGGCGGUGAUCAAUUCGUCCGACCUCAGCAAGACAAGCAGCUCGAGCAAUUCUUUUCUGUCUUUUACUUUGCAAUCAACGCUGGAUCUCUGAUUUCGACGUUCAUUACUCCGAUCCUUCGAGAGGACGUUCAAUGUUUUGGGGACGACACUUGCUAUCCUUUGGCUUUCGGGGUGCCUGCAUUGCUCAUGAUUGUCGCUGUUGUCAUCUUCAUCUCUGGUAAAUCGCUCUACACCAUCAGGAAACCGGAGGGUAACAUCAUGGGAGAAUUCUUCAAAUGCAUCGGGCAUGCCAUUAGUCGCAAAUGGAAGGCCAAAGGCGAGAAACACGAUCAUUGGUUGGAUUUCGCGUCUGACAAAUUCGACAAAAAGUUUAUUGAAGACGUCAAGCGAGUGUUGUCCGUCGGAUUCGUUUUCAUUCCUCUUCCCGUCUUUUGGGCCCUGUACGAUCAGCAGGGUUCACGUUGGACGUUCCAAGCUACGCGCAUGAACGGAGAUCUGGGCGGAGGCGUCGUAUUGAAGCCCGACCAAAUGCAAAUCAUCAACCCGCUUCUCAUUUUAAUUUUGGUUCCUCUCUUUGAAACUGUGAUCUACCCGUGCUUUAAAAAGAGCGGCAUCUUAACACCUCUCCGGAGAAUCGGUUGCGGUCUCGUUUUGUGUGGCCUAUCGUUUGUCAUUUCUGGUUUCGUUGAAAUCGCUCUCGAGCCCACGUAUGCAACUAUACCGGGUGACGGUCUCAUGCAACUCAACUUCAUCAACACCCUGCCUUGUACAGUCAAAGUAGUAUAUGGAGUUUCCGAAAAAAUUGGAAAUAUUGAGCUUCAAGGAAAUAUGUACGAAUUCGUGCAAGACUUGGAGGCAGAACAAGAUAUUAUUGUUAGGGCCUUCUUGGAUAAUCCGGACUGUGCCAGUUACACCAAAUUUGACAACAUAGACACUGGAGAAGUGAGUCUAGGAACAGGAAAUGGAACGCAAGGCUACUCGGUCUUGAUCACCGGUCGCGAUAAAAAUUUGACAAUAACUCGGCUAAACGAAGCAGAACAGCUGGAAAAAUCCAAUACUGGGGAUCCAUAUGUAGCAUUUUUUCUGGACGAUCCGUCAUUCACCGAAUAUUCCGGAUCGAGCAUAAAGAUGCGACAGGAAAAAUCUAAAAAAAAAAUCUUUGAAUAUACUUAUGUUUUAAACGUCACCGCCGAAACUACACCUGAUGUAGACAGCAUAGUGCAAACCGAAUAUCAAAAUACCGAAAUUGGAACCUACGAUUUGACCCUAAACGAAGCAAAUAUUGGGAAAAUAGAAAAUCUCAUUCAAGGCGGCGUGUACAGAAUUAUAAUUACAAAAGCGCUGAACGGAACUGAUUACUACAAUGUGAUGCCUGUGCAAGUCACACCACCAAACAGUGUCAAUAUCCUCUGGCUACUUCCGCAAUAUUUUGUCGUGACCAUCGGAGAGGUUAUGUUUUCCGUUACUGGGCUUACCUUUUCGUAUUCUCAGGCGCCCAUUAGCAUGAAAGCAGUCAUGCAGGCCAUUUGGUUAAUGGUGGUAGCCUUUGGUAAUUUGAUUGAUAUCAUUGUGAUCGCAGUUCAGUCCGGUGCAACCGGCGAGGGUAUGAGUCAGGCGAGUGAAUUCUUCAUGUUUGCCGGCAUCAUGGGAAUAGCGGUCGUAUUAUUUACGCUCAUGUCGUGGAAUUAUAAAUACGUCGAAGAAAUUAAAAUUGAAGACGAGAAAAAGCGCCUGUCUGCGGUACCAAGUCAUAAGAGUGAUUCUUCAUCUUCGUCUUCUUCCGAUUCCGACGACGAGAAAGGAAAAGAAAACAAGGGCUUUUCCGAAUAAAUGUAUAAUUUGCAUGAAAAUACUUUAAACAAAUAAAUAACUAGCCCACUGGUAUGCUAGCACUACCAAACUA